AUGUGCGCUCUAAUUGCCCCCUACCAGCAUGCGGCUGCCUUCACUACCAUAGGGUCGCCUUUACAGAAUACACUGCCGUUCAGUCGUUGCACGACAACGACGACAACAACAAGUUCGAGUAGUCUAUCAGAAAAACGAGGAGACUUUCGUGACGACGAUAUGUUUGAUGAUGACGACUCUGAUGAUUUUUACGACGACAGAAGGCCUCGGCGUAGAAGAAGAGGACCACCGCCGAGAGGAGAUGAACGUUACGACAGCUACGACGACUUGGGUGGAUACUACGAAAGCCGACCAAAUGGAAUGAAUGUUCCAUCAGCCUUUGGUCGACGCGAUGGGCUGCGACUUCCAGAAUCCGUAUCCAAAUCGCUAUUGGCUGGAAUAUUUAUUCUUGGUGUCGGUCUUGGGGUCACUGUAGAUUCCCAAAUCAAUACAAGUCCAAAAGAUUUGGCGUCUCGUGAUGCGAUUGAUCAGGCUGCCCCCAAUGCGGAGCUUUGCGCCACCAUGGGAGCCUCGGCCAUGGCAUUUGACCAACGCGUCUUUGUAUCAUUCAAUCCCUUCAAUGUAUACGUGUCUCAGGCGGAUGUAAAGCCGGCCUGCGUUCUACGGCAAUCCAACAUUGUGCCAAUUUUGAAGGAUGACAAGCAUCUCUUGAACGAUCAAGAAGUUCGGGGGUGCAAAGCCAAUAUGAACACUUGGGCAUUUGUUGGCAAUCUGAACGACAAGCCCCAAUUGAGUUGUGUCUACAAGAGCGAGGAUGCCCAGAAUGAGUUCUUGUCCAAUCCAAAGCUAGGCAUUGGAGAAGACUAUCUAGACGACGACCGAACCAAAGGAGAGGUAUUUACAAAACAAGUAAAGAAUGGCAUGACCACUUCCCAGAAAGCCUCUGCCGCUAGUGCCGCCAGUGCAGCAGCAGCAUCAGCAAAGUCAAAGUAA